UUAAAACGAGUGAUGACUUUUAAUUAACAUGCUGCCAGAAAUCAACGGGGUUAUAUACUUUAUAUCAUUCGUUACAUUUUUCAUAUAAAAAUGCAACUAGUCGCUGGUGAAGAGCCUUAAUGAGAAGUUUGAUGCAGCCAAAGAUAUGGAGAUUUGUGUGUUUUGUUUCAUCUGUUGUUGGUUUACUCUCUUAUGCUCUCAGCUCUUCUUUCAAUCAUCUAUUUGGAAAAUGGAAUUUUUUGAAGGUAUUUCUUUAUACCAUCUUCAGUUUCAUUAUAUGCCUCACCAUCCUUUAUGCAAACACAUGCCAAACCUCUAGUAUAAGUCUUGGACUAAAAGCUCAUUUGGUAUUUUCUGUUUUCACAAUCACCACUGUUUACUCCUUCUUUUUUGAUAAAGCAAACGGAAAACCAGAUUUAUAUAGUCUUAUUUCGUGCGCUGCGUUUGCUAUCAUGUCUCUCAGUUUAUCUAAGCAGACUCACUUUGGAUUCGAAGUUGAUCUGUUAUAUUUUUUCUGCGGGUAUCUAACUUUACAACUCAUGAAGAUUAAAUUGUUUUUAGUCGUUGUGGGAGUGAUUUUCAGUUAUUUCCUGAUCAUCCUUCGUUUUUAUUUGGGCAAUCCAAUCGAAAGUGUGCAUCAUAGACUCCAAUUUCAAGACCAACAUUCGGUGGUCAUUCAAGUCCAGCCAGAAUCUAGCACUGCUUCAGAAAACGUUCAUCUAAUCAUACGAGAAGAAUCCAAUAAUUCCGGUCAAGAAAACAUGGAUAUAAGGCCAGUCAUUCAAACCAAUAGUGUUGAUAAAGGUCGCAUCAAGAUGGAGAAGUAUACAAGGACUCUAACUAAGAUGAAUGAGAAGCUUAAUCAAAUGAUUUGGCCGGAGUUUAUUAAUAAUAUCAAUAAUAACAAUAAUAAUCACUUCAUUAUUUGGCAGCAUUCCUACAAAAUCACGGGGAUGGAGAGCGUUAUAGACGGCCUAAACAAAAUUGUGGGGAAGAUGGUGACAGCUGGGUUUAAAACACAGUGUUGCGAACUGUACAACAGUUUCCGAGACAACUUCUUGAACAUGUGCCUAUGUAGACUUGGAUUGCAGGAUGUCAACUUGUAUGACUUUGAGAAUAAGAGUAUUCAGAGUUUGAUCAAUGCUUUUUACAUGACUCUGAGAAUACUUCUUCCUAACGAGAGAAGGAUUUGGGACCGCGUCUUUUCCGGGUUCUCUCUGGACUGUUGCAUUUUUUUCAAGUUGAAAUGGAGGAGAAUGGAAAUUGAAUUGUGGAAAAAACUAUUAGUAUCAGAGACGCAUAGUGGCUACAACAGGUUGAAGGAUACUUUUCUCGGUUGUGAGGUUCAUCCCUUUACUCCUGAGGUAAUGAUUUGCAUACUCCAUUUUUCUGAAGAUAAAGAUAAUGCAGCUAAUUUCCACAUCCAUGACCUGAUACAACUAUUACAUAGUAAUUUAGUUGCAAAAUCAAAAAACUACACAAACGAUACUUUAAGGAACCUUUUCAUGUUGAAUAACAAUAGGUACAUAGAAUUGGUGGCAAGAUAUCCUCCCUUGAAAACCCUUUUGGGCGAAGAUUGGAGUCAAAAGCAAACUUCAACGGUACACAGAAACAUUAGAAAGUAUAUAAAAUACUCAUGGAAUAAGGUUCUAAACAUAAUAAAGAAAAGUGAGUCAAUGGCUCCUAAUGUAGAAUCAAUGAGAUUGUUCAAUAUCUACUUUUCAGAUAUACGUAAGUAUGAGAAUUGUUUUAUAGUUGAUAAAGGUAUAAGGGAAUCAAUGCGCCGGUCUCUGAAUAAGACUUUAUUGCCAGAGUAUGAAAAAUUCAUUGGCAGGUUCAAAGAUGUUCAUGGUAAGGAUGUUGUUGAUAUGUAUAUCAAGUAUGGAAUGUCAGACAUUGAAGACGGUCUCGAUUAUUUCUUUGGUGGAAGUGAUUUGGGGAAGAAGAGAACCGAUUCGAUCAACAAGGGGCAGUUAAGAACCGAUUCGAUCAACCGUCACCAAAACCCAACUGCCGGCGAGACAAAACAGAACACCACCAUUCUUAGACUGGGAAUUUUGCCAGGGAACAAUGAAAACACUUAAACAGAGAGGGGUUGACCACCGAAGCACCGCCAAAAACUCUCCAAUUAUUAAGGGUGGAACGACUUAAGAGGCUUGGUGCCACCAAAGUCAAGUUACAUAAGUAUAUUUAGUAUAUUUAGGAAGAAGAGAGAUGUGACUAAGAAAUAAAUUUAUCUGUUGUGUAUUUUAUAUGAUAGUGAAUAUUAUAUUAAUUGUUAAUUUAAA